AUGGUGAGUGACGUCGAAGGAUCCCUGACUUUGUCGAUUGCGAAUCUUUGUGGUGCGAUGCAUUACCCUUGUCGGCAUCAAGUUUUCUCUACCGUCCAGACGAUGGGUGAUGAUGCUUUUAAAGUGGCUUUGAAUGAGGACCUCUAUCAAUGUGCGUUGCCUUCUGAUCGACGUCAAGAGCUGGUGAUGGCGUCCUUCAUUGUGAAAGGACUGAGACCCCAACAGUAUGGUCAAUGGGGGCCCUGGAUGGGCAAAGCCUUUGCUUCAUGUCCAGAUUUGCAAGGUUUCCAGCCGAAGGCAUCAACGUCGUAUCCUACCGAUGACGGCACUGCCGUUCAUUUCCUGGUGAGUGGCACUGGCACUGCUGAAAAAGCUGGCAACAUUCAGCAAUGUUUGGCGCAGUCAAUUCAGGCAUCCUCUGGGGUGGGCCUCCUGGCCCCACGCAUUUCAGUCUUCGACUUCAGCGUCUCCCAAGUAGAGUCCGAACCACUUUUCCAAAUUGGCAUGAAGAACUUCAUGAUUAUUUUGCGCUUCGGAGCAGUCCUGGUGGCCGGCUUGGUGGUGUACGGCAUUCUGGCCGCCUGUGCGUAUUUCUCUGGUGUGAAAUGGUUGGCUCCCGUCCUGCUUUGCUGGCCAGAGGUCUGUGAUGGCCGUGGCUGUUUUGUAUACCGCGUGUUGUGCUGCCCCUUCGUUUUGGAGAACAUGCCGGAGAAAUGGCAUGAAAUGGCACCCAGGAUUUGGCACGCUUUCCAUAUCUACUGCUUCCACUGCUGCCACAGCUACUUGUCGUGGCUUUGCAUGCCAGCUUGCUUCAAGGGCAUGUGCUGGGAUGACUUCGAGGAACGGCCUGGAGCACAAGUCGGCAUCGGGUCGUGCAUUCGAAGCAAAGACGCCGAGUUUCCGCCAAAUGACAACAGCCUGGGAAAGUUGAAGGGCGACACCGCUGGCGGCUUCGUGCACAGCGGUGGCGGCACAGACUGGGUCAAGGCAUCAGAAAUUGCGGAGAAGGACAACCUUUGGACUGACAGCGAAGGCCAACGUGGAGCUCAGCUCUUUGAAGGUGGCAUCGAAGCAGCAGAUCUUCUUCAGGUCAAGGGAGAACUGGGCACCGAGUGGCUGACAAUCGUCAUUGAUGAGAAGAUCCCCUGCCACGCUGGAACCACUCAACCCCGCUUUGCACAAGCAAACAGCCGUGAAAUUUGGGUGCUUCUGAUGGAGAAGGCUUUUGCAAAGAUGUACGGUGGCUAUGACAAGCUGGAGGGUCUCACAUGUGUCACUUUUAUGGAGCCAAGGUGGGGUUAUGUCCUGGGCGCUAUCAGCGAUCACAGGGAAUCCGGCCGUGAAUUUUCUGCGGAUGAGUGGAGUUUGGAACGCGUUCAAGCCAGCAGGUUCCUGCAUCGUAUCAAGCGAAAUGGUGCAUUCAUUUGUUGCUCGACCAUCGUCCCCCCUGAUCGUAAAGGCUUGAUCAAUGGCCAUGCGUAUUCAGUCUUGGAUUUGCAAACGGUCGCCCCAGAUGUGACCUCUGGUGAGUACUUUCGGAUGGUGGAGAUCCGCAACCCACAUGGACAAGGUGAAUGGCAAGGAGCUUGGAGUGAUAAGUCCCCGUUGUGGCAGAAACAUCCACGCGUGAAACGGAAACUACUUCGUGGUGAAGAGCCCAAAGAUGAUGGCUCUUUUUGGAUGCAAUGGGAGGAUUUUGUGGUUUUCUGGAAAGAUGUUCAGGUGGUCGAUUGUGACACCAACAUCCGAACUGUUGCAAUGCCUGACUACGAUGAGGAGAUGUGGUGCGGCCCCGUGAUUUCGUCUCUUUGCGGAUGCUUUGAGUACUGGUGCUGCUGCGUGGGUUGCAAACGUUUGUAUUUGGGCCGCUCUGGUGGCAAGAACUUAGAGGAGAUGAGGAAAGACAUGGACAACACGUGUGGUUACGACCAGCGUGGCUUUUAUUGCCACCUCUUUGAAAGGACGGCUGUGGCCGACGAUACCUACCUUUCUUCGGACGAGGAGUCGGGCAUUCUUCGGCGCUGA